AUGAUCUCAGACAAGUACAUUGGUUUGGCUUUGGCCAUCACUUCUACUUUAGCUAUAGGAACGAGUUUUGUUAUCACUAAAAAGGGGUUGCUACAUGCUUCGGAAAACCACGGAUUUGAAGGCGAAGGCUUCACAUAUCUUCGAAGUCCAAUAUGGUGGGGAGGCAUAGGCACAUUGGCAAUCGGCGAAGUUGCCAACUUCGCAGCGUACGCAUUCGCACCUGCAAUCCUAGUAACGCCUCUAGGUGCUCUUAGUGUUCUGAUCGGCGCUGUACUUGGUUCUUAUUUUCUCAACGAGCGGCUCGGAACGCUGGGCAAGCUUGGAUGCGCCAUGUGUCUCCUCGGCUCGGUUGUCAUCGUACUUCACGCACCCCCAGACCAACCUGUAGAAACGAUUGAUAUGAUCCUGGAUCUCGCUUUGACCCCUGGUUUCCUUAUCUAUUGUUUGGCGGUAGCGAUUUUCUCAACAGUCAUGAUUUACCGUGUUGCGCCAGUUCACGGAAAGAAGAACCCCCUCAUCUUCAUCUCGAUCUGCUCCACAGUUGGCUCAGUUUCGGUCAUGUCCAUCAAGGCAUUCGGCAUUGCAUUGAAACUUACCUUUCACGGAACUAACCAAUUCACGCAUGCGUCGACCUAUGUUUUCGCUAUUGUCACAGUUUUUUGCAUCCUGACGCAGAUGAACUAUUUCAACAAGGCAUUGACCGAAUUUUCGACAAAUAUUGUUAACCCGUUAUAUUAUGUGACUUUUACUACCGCUACAUUGUGCGCUUCGUUUAUUCUCUUCAAAGGCUUCAACACCACUGAUGCUGUCAACACCAUAUCACUUUUAUGCGGUUUUCUCGUCAUUUUCUCUGGCGUCUAUCUCCUGAACCUGUCUCGACAUGAUCCUGACGGACGAAAGCUCCUAGCUUCGAAAGAUGAGGACGAUGAUGGUGUGCCUACCGACGGAAUCGCAAGUUUCUCGACUAGGCGCUCUAUGCAAGCACGUAGGAGCACAGAUCCCCAUCGCCGGAGCUCUUCUAGCAUUGCAUUCUUGAAUGGCCAAGGAGACAGAGAAGGGCUCAUGCGUUCAUAUGAUGUCGAGAACGGCGUUAUUGGUCUUACUGACCUAAGAGAAGAGGAUGAUGGCGAGCCAGGUCCUACUCGGAAAAUAAGCGAGGACGGCCACGUAGCGUCACCCCAACUUAAAACCGAUGAGCGGUAA